AUGGCCCCCACACAGCACGUACCCAUCAGCUCACUCAGUCAGCAGCAGCAGCAACAGCAGCAGCAGCAGCUCAAGAUCCAAGCCUUGCAGGUAAAGCAGAGGUGGUGUUAUUGAAAAAAAUUAAUUAAAAGUUUAGUUCAACAUCUGUAGAAUAGUGGUGACCUUUUGUUGUCCACUCUAAAUUCAUAAUCUAUCGUCUCUGGGAUAACACACUUAUUCCAGUAACUCGUUUACGCACCCCUCUGCUUGCUUGCUUGCUUCCCUAUGUGUGUGUAUGUGCUGUGUGUUCUUUGUAUGUAUGUGUGUGUGUGUGUGUGCGCGCUUUGUGUGUUUGUGUGUGGCCAGGCUAGAGCGUUGCAGCAGCAGCAACAGCAGCAGCAGCAAGUCCAGCAAGCCCAGCAGGCAGCGCAGCAAGCCCAGCAGGCGGCAGCUCAGGCCCAGCUAGCGGCAGUAGUACCUGGCCAGGUAAGAGCACUGCAAGCUGGUGUGGUGGGACUGAUUGACUGCCACUGGUCACUGAGCCUGGCCUGGAGUGAGUCCAUGCUUUCAGAUUUACCUGUUUGGAUUGACGACAGCGUUGAUUGAAUUUUGGGUCGCAAGCUCUACUGUUGGCGUCACCUGACUUGAGGAAGAAUAAGGAUAAUUGACCAUAUUUAGUUUUCUGUGUUGCCUGUUGCCAUACUAAAGCUACUGCCAUAGCCAGGAGGUAGUAGUGGUUGUUUUAUCACUUAGCAUUAGCUAGCGAGACUUAAGUUUGCAUCGAUUCAUAUAAAGGCAACGUUGCUGCUUAAUGGCUCAGAGGUUCUUUGGUUUGAACAGAAUGAUGAAUCUCCUACGUAACCCAGGGAAUCAAUUUAGUUUGUUGUCAUUUGCAUAUACAGUGCCUUCAAAGUAUUCACACCCCUUGUCUUUUUCCACAUUAUGUUUUGGAACAGCCUGAAUUUUAAAUUGAAUACAUUUAUAUUUUUGUAACUGGCCUACACGCAAUACCCCAUAAUGUCAAAGUGGAAUUAUGUUUAUUUACAUUUUAAUGAAUUAAUACAAAAUGAAAAGCUGAAAUGUCUUGAGUCAAUAAGUAUUCAAACCCUUUGUUAUGGCAAGCCUAAAGUUCAAGAGUGAUAAUUUGCUUAACAAGACAUAUAAUAAGUUGCAUGGACUCACUCUGUGUGCAAUAAUAGUGUUUAGCAUGAUUUUUGAAUGACUACCUAAUCUCUGUACACCACACAUACAAUUAUCCGUAAAGGUCCCUCAGUCAAGCAGUGAAUUUCAAACACAGAUUCAACCACAAAGACCAGGGAGGUUUUCCAAUGCCUCACAAAGAAGGGCACCUAUUGGUAGAUGGGUAAAAAUAAAUAAAGCAGACAUUGAAUAUCCCUUUGAGCAUGGUGAAGUUAUUCAUUACACUUUGGUGUUUCAAUGUUCCUAAGUGUCCGAGUUACAGUUUUCACUUAAAUCUACAUGAAAAUCUAUGGCAAGACCUGAAAAUGGUUAUCUAGCAAUGGUCAACAACCAAUUUGACAGAGCUUGAAGAAUUUAGAAAAUAAUAAUGGGUAAAUGUUGCACAAUCCAGGUGUGGAAACCUCUUAGAGACUUACCCAGAAAGACUCACAGCUGUCAUCUCUGCCAAAGGUGCUUCUACAAAGUAUUGACUCGGGUGUGAAUACUUAUUUAAGUAAAUGAGAUAUUUCUGUAUUUCAUUUUCAAUACAUUUGCUAAAAUGUCUAAACAUGUUUUCACUUUGUCAUAAUGGGGUAUUGUGUGUAGAUGGGUGAGAAAUCUAUUUAAUCCAUUUGGAAUUCAGGCUGUAACACAACAAAUGUGGAAUAAGGGGCAUGAAUACUGAAGGCACUGUAUGGUGCUUUUUGAGAAUUCGCUGAUAUGCUUGGUACUCAUCGCUUCCCAGCAAAAGAGUGAUAGAGCUAGGAUUCAUUUCCACAAGACACUUCAAUCAAUCAAUGACAUUUAUUUAUAAAGCCCUUUUUACAUCAGCAGAUGUCACAAAGGGCUAUACAGAAACCCAGCCUAAAAAACCCAAACAGCAAGCAAUGCAGAUGUAGAAGCACGGUGGCUAAGAAAAACUCCCUAGAAAGGCAGGAACCUAGGAAGGAAGAAACCUAGAGAGGAACCAGGCUCUGAGGGGUGGCCAGUCCUCUUCUGGCUGUGCCGGGUGGAGAUUAUAAGAGUACAGUUGAAGUCGGAAGUUUACAUAAACUUAGGUUGGAGUCAAUAAAACUAAUUUUUCAACCACUCCACAAAUUUCUUGUUAACAAACUAUAGUUUUGGCAAGUCAGUUAGGACAUCUACUUUGUGCAUGACACAAGUAAUUUUUCCAACAAUUGUUUACACACAGAUUAAUUCACUUAUAAUUCACUGUAUCACAAUUCCAGUGGUCAGAAGUUUACAUAAACUAAGUUGACUGUGCCUUUAAACAAGCUUGGAAAAUUCCAGAAAAUGAUGUCAUGGCUUUAGAAGCUUCUGAUAGGCUAAUUGACAUCAUUUGAGUCAAUUGGAGGUGUACCUGUGGAUGUAUUUCAAGGCCUACCUUCAAACUCAGUGCCUCUUUGCUUGACAUCAUGGGAAAAUCAAAAGAAAUCAGCCAAGACCUCAGAAAUAAAAUUGUAGACCUCCACAAGUCUGGUUCAUCCUUGGGAGCAAAUUCCAAACGCCUGAAAGUACCACGUUCAUCUGUACAAACAAUAGUACGCAAGUAUAAGCACCAUGGGACCACGCAGCCAUCAUACCGCUCAGGAAGGAGACGCGUUCUAUCUCCUAGAGAUGAACGUACUUUGGUGCGAAAAGUGCAAAUCAAUCCCAGAACAACAGCAAAGGACCUUGUGAAGAUGCUGGAGGAAACAGGUACAGAAGUAUCAAUAUCCACAGUAAAACGAGUCCUAUAUCGACAUAACCUGAAAGGUCAUUCAGCAAAGAAGAAGCCACUGCUCCAAAACCGCCAUAAAAAAGCCAGACUAUGGUUUGCAACUGCACAUGGGGACAAAGACUGUACUUUUUGGAGAAAUGUCCUCUGGUCUGAUGAAACAAAAAUAGAACUGUUUGCCAUAAUGACCAUCGUUAUGUUUGGAGUAAAAAGGGGGUCUUGCAAGCCAAAGAACACCAUCCCAACCGUGAAGCACGGGGUGGCAGCAUCAUGCUGUUGGGGUGCUUUGCUGCAGGAGGGACUGGUGCACUUCACAAAAUAGAUGGCAUCAUGAGGAAGGAAAAUGAUGUGGAUAUAUUAAAGCAACAUCUCAAGACCUCAGUCAUGAAGUUAAAGCUUGGUCGCAAAUGGGUCUUCCAAAUGGACAAUGACCCCAAGCAUACUUCCAAAGUUGUGGCAAAAUGGCUUAAGCACAACAAAGUCAAGGUAUUGGAGUGGCCAUCACAAAGCCCUGACCUCAAUAGAAAAUGUGUGGGCAGAACUGAAAAAGAGCAAGGAGGCCUACAAACCUGACUCAGUUACACCAGCUCUCCAGUGGAGAGAGGGAAGCCGGCCAGGCAGAGACAGCAAGGGCGGUUCGUCGCUCCAGUGCCUUGCCGUUCACCUUCGCACCCCUGGGCUAGACUACACUCAAUUACAGGACCUACUGAAGAGAUGAGUCUUCAGUAAGGACUUAAAGGUCGAGACCGAGCCUGCGUCUCUCACAUGGAUAGGCAGACCAUUCCAUAAACAUUGAGCUCUAUAGGAGAAAGUCCUGCCUACAGCUGUUUGCUUAGAAGUUCUAGAUACAAUAAGGAGGCCUGUGUCUUGUGACCGUAGCGUACGUGUAGGUAUGUACGGCUGGACCAGAUAAGUAGGAGCAAGCCCAUGUAAUGCUUUGUAGGUUAGCAGUAAAACCUUGAAAUCAGCCCUAUCCUUAACAGGAAGCCAAUGUAGAGAGGCUAGCACUGGAGUAAUAUGAUCAAAUGUUUUGGUUCUAGUCAGGAUUCUAGCAGCCGUGUUUAGCACUAACUGAAGUUUAUUUAGUGCUUUAUCCGGGUAGCCGGAGAGUAGAGCAUUGCAGUAUUCUAAUCUAGAAGUGACUAAAGCAUGGAUUAGCUUCGCGGCAUCAUUUUUGGACAACACGUUUCUGAUUUUUGCAAUGUUACGAAGAUGGAAAAAAGCUGUCCUUGAAAUAUUCUUGAUAUGUUCGUCAAAAGAGAAAUCAGGGUCCAGAGUAAUGCCGAGGUCAUUCACAGUUUUAUUUGAGACAGCCAUCAAGAUUAAUUGUCAGAUCUAACAGCAGAUCUCUUUGUUUCUUGGGACCUAGAACUAGCAUCUCUGUUUUGUCCGAGUUUAAAAGUAAAAAAUGUGCCGCCAUCCACUUCCUUAUGUCUGAAACACAGGCUUCCAGGUAAGGCAAUUUUGGGGCUUCACCAUGUUUCAUCGAAAUGUACAGCUGUGUGUCAUCCGCAUAGCAGUGAAAGUUUACAUUGUGUUUCCGAAUGACAUCACCAAGAGGUAGAAUAUAUAGUGAAAACAAUAGUGGUCCUAAAACAGAACCUUGAGGAACGCCGAAACGUACAAUUCAUUUGUCAGAGGACAAACCAUCCACAGAGACGAACUGAAAUCUUUCCGACAGAUAAGAUCCAAACCAGGCAAGAACUUGUCCGUGUAGACCAAUUAGGGUUUCUAAUCUUGCCAAAAAAAUUUGGUGAUCGAUGGUGUCAAAAGCAGCACUAAGAUCUAAGAGCACGAGGACAGAUGCAGAGCCUUGGUCUGACGCCAUUAAAAGGUCAUUUACCACCUUCACGAGUGCAGUCUCAGUGCUAUGAUGGGGUCUGAAACCAGACGUAUACAUUAUUUGUCUUCAGGAAGGCAGUGAGUUGCUGCGCAACAGCUUUUCCUUAAAAUUUACAAAGGAAUGGGAGAUUCGAUAUAGGCCGAUAGUAAAAAAAAAAAAUAAUACAUUUUCCAGGUCAAGAAUGUGUCGAGAUAUAGGAUUAAAACACUUGAGUGUUUCCAUUGAUCCUAGGUCCUGGCAGUUCUGUGCAGACUCAGGACAACUGAGCUUUGGAGAAAUACGCAGAUUCCGUAAUUUGCUUUCUAAUGAUCAUGAUCUUUUCAUCGAAGAAAUUCAUGAAUUCAUCACUGCUGAAGUGAAGGCUAUCCUCUCUUGUUGAAUGCUGCUUUUUAGUUAGCUUUGCGACAGUAUCUAAAAUAAAUUUUUGGUUGUUCUUAUUCUCAUCAAUUAGGUUGGAAAAAUAGGAUGAACGAGCAGCCGUAAGGGCUCUUCGAUAUUGCACGGUACUGUCUUUCCAAGCUAGUCAGAAUUUUCUGGAAGCUUGCUUCAGGGCUCGGGUAUUCUCUGUAUACCAGGGAGCAAAUUUAUUGUUAAAAAUGUUUUUCGUUUUUAGGGGUGCGACUGCAUCUAGAGUAUUACGCAAGGUUAAAUUAAAAUCCUCAGUAAGGUGGUUAACCGAUAUUUGUACUCUGAGGUCCUUGCGUAGGUUUAGGGAGUCUGGAAGGACAUCUAGAAAUCUUUGGGUUGUCCGAGAAUUUAUAGCACGGCUUUUGAUGAUCCUUGGUUGGGGUCUGAGCAGAUUAUUUGUUGCGAUUGCAAAUGUAAUAGAAUGGUGGUCCGAUAGUCCAGGAUUAUGAGGAAAAACAUUUAGAUCCACAAUAUUUAUUCCACAGGACAAAACUAGAUCCAGGGUAUGACUGUGGCAAUGAGUAGGUCCGGAGACAUGUUGGACAAAACCCACUGAGUCGAUGAUGGUGCCGAAAUCCUUUUGGAGUGUGUCUGUGGACUUUUCCAUGUGAAUAUUAAAGUCACCAAAAAUUAGAAUAUUAUCUGCCAUGACUACAAGGUCCGAUAGGAAUUCAGGGAACUCAGUGAGGAACACUGUAUUCGGCCCAGGAGGCCUGUAAACAGUAGCUAUACCAAACUAGAAUUAAUCCAGACCUCUUCACCCCAAUGCUAAUUAUCCUCCCUAUUGAAGAUUUCUCAGAAUGAAACCCACAGGUGGGCUGCUGAGAGAAAUGAACGUUUCUCUCCCAGAGGAUGUCUCUUUAUCAUACCUCAGACCUACUUUAGAAUGUCUUGUUCCCCCUCCAUGCAUGUGUGGUGUUCAUGCAAUGAAUGCUGCAACUGCAUGCCUACUCUGUCCUGCAAACCAAAUAUAUCCUUUAACUCAGCUGCUACAUCUACUAGCAUUACUCUUAGAUGCAAAGACAUGGCAUCAUCAAUCAUUGAAGGACCCCCACCCUCUCAUCCAACUGACCAAUAGACAGGGUUGGGAAAUCACUGCCAAGCCUCUUACUUGGGGGAACAAUGGGGUUCCACUAUUGGUGGCCAUUCAAAAUACUUAAAGCUAGAUAACCAAAAAUUAUGAUCUGUUAUUUCUAGUCAGUUGACAGAUGUUUACGUUCUGUACUUAGCUAAUCUAUUUAAAUAAUUGUGUCAUACACAAUGCAUGGUUUGGCCUUGUGAAUAAAGAGGAGAGGGAGCAUGUUCCCACUGGCUGCGGCAGGCCUCAUCACUGUUGUCAUGGCAACACUGCCUGGCUGUGUUUCUCACACCAGGGUUAAAGACUGUUACUGUGUGAUUUUUGUCAGUGAGUGUGCGUGCAUAUGUUUGUACAUGUCUGCUUGUGUAAUGUACCUUACAAGUCUUGUUCCUGGGAGCAUGCUUGCAUAUGUGCUGUUGUGCAUGCAUGCGCCUCAUCUCCGCUGAUGCACUGCAUUUCUUGUUUUGCUUGUGACAUGUCUGUUGUCCCCUCUGUUGUCCUCCAAGAUGAUGAUGCCCCGCCCUGGGAUGCAAAUUCCACCCAGGUUACCCCGCGCUGCCCCGAACCCCACCAUACCUCCAAACUCUGCUGCCGUGGGAGGACAGCAAUUGCCACAGGUAUUUACGCCAGGGUAGAGUGACCAGGCAGUCUUUAUACUCUGACCACCACCUCUCCUAAAACCAUGUCCCUCUGGUGUGCUUCCUUAUGCCAACCCUUACCCCUCAGUGCAGCCCUCAAAUCUCCUCCCAAACCUCCUCUUCUGCUCCUUACACAGACCAGUGGAAUUAGAUCUGAUAGUGAACGUCUGUUCUCAUGCUCAGUAUAUAGUUGAUUCAUGGAAAGAGAGUUGUAGCUUCUACAAGCAGGUUCCGAUUUGGAAUCCAUGAAGGGUAGGCCUUAGAGCUGGGACGAUAAACCGAAAAUUACCGACACCGACAUUGCCUUCCUCUUACCGAAGCAUUUUGCGUACGUCUGUAAUUUGUUGUGAUUUUGCUACACAACAUUCCUGUAGAUUGUUCUGAAACAAUUUUUUCCCACAGUAAUAACAUAUGCAUUAUGUGGAUUCCUGCUGUGAAAGUAUCUGCCUGUCCCUGUUUUCCUGUCGGCUGCUGUGCGAGCGAGCCACUCCAUCUCCCCACUGUGCGCACGGAGGAGGGAGAGAUGCGUUCUGAGAAGCACAAGUAUUUGACCGUUUCUCAAAAUGCAAUUGCGGGAAAAAUAAAGUUUUCAAAGCAACUACUGUUCCAGUUACAGAGAGGAGUGUCACAGCUUUCUGUGAGUAUAUCAUUUAUUUCUCACCCCUUAAUAUUGAGUUCAUGUCACCACUUUAUAACCGGAGUAGGCUGUAAGCCUAGUAUGGUUUCGACGCAGAGCGGAGUGCGCCAUUUGCAGUGAAUAGGCCUACAUCAAGUAGCCUAGGCCUAGCGCUGUAAAAAAAUGUUUAGGACAUUAGCCUACAUUUACUGAUAUAUUAAUUAAUUAGUCUACAUGGCUAUAUAGCAACAAUAUCAUAUUUAGCCUAUAGUCCGAUAUGCACAAAGAGGCAAAUGUUUUUAUCUAAUAGGCUAAUUCUGGAUCCUAUUUUGACAGGGUGCACAUCAAAAUAACAAUCAUACAUUCCCUGGAUAUGUUAGAUGAAAUAGCUUACUUUUUUAAUCAUAAGCUACCAUCUCAGUUGUCUUACUUGUGUCUGGGAAAAAUGUGUCUAGAGCCCUGCCACUAAUGUAAAGUAAUUGUCCAGUAGAUAUUUUUUUAUAGUUGUAUUUAUUGUUAUCCAGCAAAAUAGUUACAUUUAUCACAAUUACUUUUUGUACAUAUCGCCCAACUCUAGCACCUCCCCACAAAAUAAUUUAUCGUAAUUUAUCGCUGAUUUAUCAAUAUCGCAAACAACUGGUCAAUUUAUCGCAAUAUGGAUUUUUGUCCAUAUCGCCCAGCUCUAGUAGGCCUAUAGAUUUUGUUGGAAAUGUAGUGUAUUAUUUUGCUAAGUAUUUGGGCAUCUGGCCAGUAUUCAUCGUUGUGUUUGGUAAGUACCAAUAAGACACUCAAAUAUAUUUUCUUUCCAUCUUCCUCAGUAGGCACUCAGGCCCUGGUCGGCUAAUGGCUUGUGAUGUCAUGAAGCAGGUUUUCCUCCCUGCUAUUAAGGUUGGAUGGUAAUGUGAUGCAGCCUCCAACCAGUUGAAGAGUUGCUGGGGUGUCCAGUGAUUGGUUCCUCUUGUGUGAGCUCCCUCUUUUCUUUUCACCUCCUCCAUAGGUUCAGCAGCACCAGAUGAUGUCAUCGCCCUCGCCGGUACAGGUGCUGACACCCCAGUCCAUGCCCCCCCCUCCCCAGCCACAGCCAUCGCCACAGCCCCCAUCCUCCCAGCCAAACUCAGUCAGGUGAGCAAAGUUGGCAUGCUCACUCUCUUAUUGACUUGAAUAUGGCAUUCUAAAGUUUUAUUUCAGGUCUAGUCUUGAAAUGGAAUGAAAUUCUCUGGUGUCAACUGUGACCCUGUAUUGUGUUUCUUCACAGCAGUUCUGGUCCCACACCGUCGCCGGGAGGCUUCCAGCCUAGCCCAUCCCCCCAGCCCUCACAUAGCCCAGCCACCGCACGCACCCCCCAGAACUAUGGUGUCCCUUCCCCAGGACCGCUCAACACCCCAGGUACUGUCCCAGCUCCUCACUGGAACAGAGGUGGGGGUCUAAGCUCCUAAGCCUCAUACUUCACCUAUGAUUGUUUUCUUUACUAAAGUUUACAUUCUUAAUUGGCUUUAUGUAAGAUGUUGAUUUCUAUGGAACAUCUUUAGUUUCCCAUUUGCCUGUUAUGCCAAAUAUUGGAAGCCCAAUCAAGCCCAUUCUCAGUGCCACCUGUAUAUGUGUACACAUAUUGAAUGUACAUGAGUAUUCUGAUUGUUGUCCCAUGUGGUUGUCUGGUGAUGUGUAGGGAACCCCAGUUCAGUGAUAAGUCCAGUCGGGGCCUCUCAACUGGAGGACCAACAGUACAUGGAGAAACUCAAACAGCUUUCCAAAUACAUUGAGCCACUACGUAGGAUGAUCAACAAGAUAGACAAAAACGAAGGUAUGCACUAAUGCCAUGCUCUUUCUUACUUACUAAGACUUACUAUGUCCACUCUUGGCUAUUCCCACUCACUAAAGGGAGUUUGUGUCCCAACAGAUAGGAAAAAGGACCUGAGUAAGAUGAAGAGCCUGCUGAACAUUCUCACUGACCCGAGCACAAGGUAAAAUAAUACAAGUGUGUUGCUUAUGUAUGUGUCAGUGCCCAUCCAGGAUGGUCUUAACAAUGGUUAUUGAAUGUAUCUCCUCUCCCUGACUUGCAGGUGUCCUCUCAGGACCUUACAGAAGUGUGAGAUAGCACUGGAGAAACUGAAGAAUGAUAUGGCUGUGGUAAGCUUGAAACCGCGUUUUUCAUUUUAUUUUUAUCGCUUUUUUACCCCUCUUUUCUCCCCAAUUUCGUGAUAUCCAAUUGCGAUCCAAUUACGAUGUUGUCUCAAAAAAAAAAAAAAAAAUGUAUGCACGCAUGACUGUAAGUCGCUUUGGAUAAAAGCGUCUGCUAAAUGGCAUAUUAUUAUUAUUAUUAUUUUUUCAUCGCUGCCCCUUGUGGCGGGCCGGGCGCCUGCAGGCUGACGUCGGCAGCAGUUGAAUGGUGUUUCCUCUGACACAUUGGUGCGGCUGGCUUCCGGGUUAAGUGGGCGGGUGUUAAGGAGCGCGGUUUGGCAGGUCGCGUUUCGGAGGACGCAUGACUCGACAUUCGCCUCUCCUGUUGGGGAGUUGCAGCGAUGAGACAAGAUCGUCAUUGGAUAUGACAAAAUUGGGGAAAAGAAAGUGAAUUAUUAGUUGUAAAGAACCUAAAACUCCAGCAACUAUUUAACAAAAUGUUUCCCUAUUUAGCUUAUUAAUAAGACUUUUUCCUAAACCUGUUGUAGCCGACGCCACCCCCUCCACCUGUGCCCUGCACCAAGCAGCAGUACCUGUGCCAGCCCCUCUUGGAUGCCGUCAUGGCAAACAUCCGCUCGCCUGUCUUCAACCAUUCCCUGUACCGUACCUUCGCCCCAGCCAUGACAGCCAUCCACGGGCCGCCCAUCACGUGAGUUUACCCUAAUCACUCCUUCAUGUCCAGAAACCAUGUCCCCCCCCCCGCCCCCCCCGACAACUCAUUUUCGGCUGGCAUUUUGGAGCGACCCUGCUUUAGAUCUGCCCACUUCUGUCAUUGAUACAAGACCAUCCUCAUUUCCUACAGUGCAUUUAGAAAGUGUGUGAAAGACUACAGUAGAAGUGGAAUCAGGCCGUCAUCUGACACCCAUCUCUAUUAUCUCCCCCUCUCCACUCCACAGGGGCCCCACCAUCGUGGCCCGGAAGAGGAAACACGAGGAGGAUGACCGCCAGACCAUCCCCAACAUCCUGCAGGGGGAGGUGGCCCGCCUCAACGCCAAGUUCCUGGUCAACCUGGACCCCUCAUUCUGCAGUAACAACGGCACUGUGCAUCUAAUCUGUAAACUAGGUGAGUAUAGGGCAGGGGUAGGCAACUAGAUUCAGCCGCGGUUACAUUGAGACACGAUCACGUCUCCCUCUUCAUUUGUGGGAACAGAUUUUCUAAAUUAAACUCAUUUCUAGCUGAAUUUCUGAUCGUACAUUGACCAAAAAUGAAAAUCCUUACUAAAAUGUUUAGGGGGGCAAAAACAUCACUCACGGGCAGAUUUUGGCCCAUGGGCCUACUGUUGCCGACCCCUGGUUUAGGGCAUUGAGAGAUGAAGGCUGGGGGAAAUCACAUUAUCCUCCCUCAAAGAUAAAAUAAAUUGAUGUCUGAUGCCAUUCUCUGCUUCUCUCCGCCAGACGACAAGAACCUGCCAAGUGUGCCACCUCUCCAGCUCAGCAUCCCUGCAGACUACCCAGACCAAAGCCCUCAGUGGGCAGACGAUGGGCAAGUGUAUGGUAAGACACACUGGCUCUCUCUGUACCCAUACUCAACUAUGGAGCCUGUUUUAGUCAAAUUGACUCUACUUUAACUUUGGUUGUAAUGGAAUGUUGUCCAAUAUUACCUACAGUUUAAAAUGUGUUACAAAUUAAAUGUCAAGCAAAAUAACAAUCAUAUAUAUAUUUUUUACCAUACUGCCAUGACAGUAGCCAGUUUUUCAGGUUUCAUGCAUUUUCUAAUUGAUUAAUGCAUCACUUUGUCUUCCUCUCCAGGUGCCAACCCCUUCCUAAAGAACGUUCACAGAAACAUGACCUCCAAACUCCUACAGCUCCCAGACAAGCACUCAGUGACUGCACUGCUCAAUACCUGGGCCCAGAGUGUCAGACAAGCCUGUCUUUCUGCAGCGUAGACAAGAGGCUCACCUCACCUCUCCAUCAAACCUCUGCUGGAGACAAUAUAACUUAUCACAAAGACUGUGCAAACUGAAAGGAGUGGGCUACCUCUCCUUGGAAUGCCAGCUCUCCCCUACCACCACUAGGGUGUGCUGCUGAGGUUUCAACACCCCAUUUGGGGUGUGUUCUGUAAAGAAUUCUGAGGUGAGAAAAUGUAUAACCAAUAACUGACCACUUUGCUGUGUAAAGCUUUGAAGUGUGUUUAUGUACUGGUAAGGGAAUUUGUUUUUUUGUUAUCA